UUUGAGCUCCUCCUCGUUUCAUCUUCAACAACAUGGGCUCUUUUAAUAAACUGAUCGUUAAACUGCUCGCUCUGUGGGAAGUUUAUGCGUGCAUCUUCAUGAAAGUGAACUCUGUGGAGGGGCUCGUUGAGGUUGCCGAUGAUCCUCAGGUAACGGGGUUUAACGUACGGCCCUAUCAGACUAUUUUCGUCGACCCAUCUCAGCAUGGCAACUUCACAACCAUACAAGCGGCCAUCGAUUCGGUUCCUCGGGACAACACCAAGUGGGUUUGCAUCUAUAUCAAGAAAGGGAUUUACAGAGAGAAGGUGAAUAUUCCAUCUGACAAGCCAUACAUAAUUCUCAAAGGACAGUCGAGGAGAACCACAGAAAUUGUGUGGGACGACCAUGAAAAUCUUGCUCAGAGCCCCACGUUCACCUCUAUGGCCGAUAACAUAGUUGUCAAAAGCAUUAGUUUCCGGAACUCGUACAACAACCCAGUGAAUGAGAAACACCCAAGGGUUCCAGCAGCCGCAGCCAGGAUCAGCGGUGACAAAUCUUUCUUCUAUAGAUGUGGAUUCUAUGGGCUGCAGGACACAUUGUGGGACGAUGAGGGUCGACACUAUUAUAAGAGUUGCACCAUUCAAGGAGCUGUCGAUUUUAUUUUUGGAGCCGGGCAGUCAUUGUACGAAAAGUGUUCAAUAUCAGUUCUUGGAGGCGCACUAGGGCCGGGAAUCGAUGGAAUAAUCACGGCACAGGGGAGAACAAACCUUAAUGAUGUGAAUGGGUUCGUCUUCAAGGAUUGUAAGGUCGCAGGAACAGGCUCUGCGGUACUAGGAAGGCCGUGGAGGGCCUAUGCAAGGGUCCUGUUCUAUAACUCCAACUUCACCCGUGUUGUAAGCCCUAAGGGAUGGGACGCCGGCAACUUUCGCGGGCACGAGGACAGAUUGACAUUCUCAGAGUACAAUUGCCACGGGGAAGGAGCAGCCCCUUCUGAUCGCGUGAGUUGGGUGAAGAAACUGAGCUGGUUGACGGCCGAACAGUUAGCCAGCACGACUUAUAUUGAUUCUGAUGCGUGGCUUAAUGACCAACCCAAUUAGAAAUUCUUUCUUUUUUUUUUAAUAUAUUUUUCUCUUUUCUUUGUAUUUUAGGAGACCCCAGUAGAAUUUUAGAGAAGGUCCCACAUAAAUAUGUUCAACAAUAUAUAUUUAGCAGAGAUAUCUUCUUUCUGAUUCAUAAAUAUUAUAGCUGCAUACUCGUGUAGUUUUGGGAUUUAGGAGAUGCACCAUGGAAAGAGAUUUCAAUAUUUACAAAAU